AUGGACGCAAUCAAUACUCUACACAAAAGAGCCUAUAUCGAGAAUGCCUUACUGUUUCAUCCGGUCAUUCUACGUCUCGUCUAUAAAGAACUACCUGCCACGAACACCGCCGCCACCGCUCCGAGGCGAUUACAACGCACUACAAAAGGGAAGAGUCCUUCGUGGCUAGGGAACGAGCAAGUGGCCGCUCUGGAGCAGGGAUUCGACCUGUCUCCUUUGCCUACGCUCAAACAAAACGAAGUGAUCGUGCCGAACACCUACAAAGAGGCUGUCUCGUCGCCGCUCGCUCCGUACUGGAGGGCAGCCAUGACCACACAAGUCGAAAAGAUCAAAAUAACGAACACCUAA